AUGCCUUCUCAUAGAGAUCACGAGCGCCGUCCGCGUCAUAACCAGUCGCAUUCCAGAGAGAGAAGAGACCGCUCGCCCACCCCAGAAAGUGACAACGACCUUCCACAAGGCGUCUCUCCCAUAUCAGAGUCCGACUACUUUUUGAAAAACACAGAAUUUAGAAUAUGGCUAAAGGAGGAGAAACAUAAGUACUUUGAUGAGCUCUCGAGUGAGAAAGCUAGGAGUUACUUCCGCAAGUUUGUAAAGGCAUGGAACAGAGCAAAACUACCAAAGUCGCUAUACUCUGAUGCCAACUCCCACAUAUCCUCAGCAGCCAAUCAAACAGCAUACAAAUGGUCCUUCGCAUCCAAAGGCGAAGGUGUAGAUGCAAGAACUCUGAAAGCUGUUCGAGAAGAAGUUGAUUUUGCGACCUACCGGCGUGCUACUAGCUCAUCCAAUACUGGGGAAAGCAGAAGUCGCGUACUGGGCCCAACCCUCCCUUCAGCGUCGGAUCGGGUCCUUGCCCGAGAAGCUGCAUCGGAGUAUCAAGCAACGGAACAUAACAUGAAGCGUAAACGAGAUCGCGCAGAAGCGAAAGAACGCAUUGAGGACAUGGUGGGGCCGAAAGAGGUCGGUAAGGAGGGUAUGAUGGAGAAGAAGCGCGCCCGGAGAGAGGAUGACCGUGCGUUUAGGGAGAAAGGUGACGACGGCUUUGAAGCAGAUGAGUCAACCCUCCUUGGUGGUGGGGACAGUUUCAGGGACCACAUCGCUCGACGAGAUGCAGCACGGAAACGAUUCGAGGAGAAGCGUGCCUCAGGGAAAGAAGACAAAACUGCUGCUGUACGCGAUCGCGCUGCAGCCUUGCGAGAGAAGGACAAGGCUACAAUGGACAUGUUUCAACAGCUGGCAAAGCAGAGAUUUGGUUAG